AUGUCUACCGGUAUUACGACCAGAAUCGGGGGUGGACCCGUACACUUUGGCAACUUUGAUGUGACCAAGCAGGACGAGGGUGUCGUCGUAACUAGGCAUCGUUCCAUGCUGGGCCCAACUGACUCGAUCGUCUCGCACCACCAUCUACCGUGCCAGGUCUUUCUCAAGACGGAGCACUCAUUCGCCCUGGUGAAUCUCAAGCCCCUGAUAGCCGGGCACGUCCUCGUGUGUCCGGUGCGGCGACGGCUGAGGCUGACGGACCUGACACCCGCCGAGACGGCCGAUCUCUUCUCGACGGUGCAGGUAGCCCAGAGACUGCUGGCACGCGAGUACCUUGCAAAGGGUGCGGCCCAAGGGACAAGGAGCGGAGCAAGUGGUGAUGGUGUGGACGAGGCAGAGGCCCUUAUGGCUGGGAGCUUCACGGUGGCGGUGCAGGACGGUCCCGAAGCCGGACAGACUGUGCCUCACGUGCACGUUCACGUCAUCCCGAGGACGAGGGGGGAUCUACCGCGACCGGACGACAUCUACGUCUCCCUGGCGGGGGAGAAGGGCAAUGUGGGCGGCGCGCUGUGGGACAGGGAACGUCCCGCGCCGGGAGGGGGUAUGCCUAGGGUCGAGGAUGAGGAUAGGAAGGCCAGGACGGCCGAGGAUAUGGAAAGUGAGGCGGAGAGGUACAAGGUUGUGCUGGGGGAGAUGGGUAUUGACUAG